UUUCUCACAAUUUUUUUUUGAAAUUUUGACAGUGCGUUAUUUAGUAUAUUAUCUAUACAUAAUUCAAUUUAAAAAAAAAAAAAAAAAAGCCUAGUCUUACUGAAAUAGAGAUAUUCACCUUGAAAUUUGAAAGUUUUGGUAAAUGUACAGAUCGAACUCAACCUUCCGGAUUUCGAUGAUUUUUUAAUACGUGGUGGGCAAUAGUAUAUCGUUUUGAAUAACUCAUUCCUAUACAUGUUACUGCCGAUCGGCUUUGAUUUCUAAGAUAUUCGCAAAAAACUAUCGGCACCAUUACAGUGAAUUCUGCCAAUAGUUGUGCGUCUGUGGCAGCGUAUACGUCAACAUUGGUUGCCGUCCUCUCAUCUUUUGUUUAUAAAUGAAGAUCAGGCGAGCUUAAAGUCGUGCACAAUGUACAUAUACGAGACUAUAUUUGCGAAAACUUUUGAGUGCCACUACAGUGAAUUUUGCCUAUAGUUUUGCGUCUGUGGCAACGUAUGCAAUAGUAUUGGUUGCUGAUAGUCUCGCGGUGAACGAGUAUAAUGACCCGAUCGAAACUUAGCCCUUAUCUUUUGUUUAUGGUAUAAAUGUAUAUAUAAACGAGGGUUUAGCGAGCUUAAAUCCCGCACACGACUGCAUAUGUGCGGCUACAACAAAUGUUUGUUACAUAUAACUCAUAAUUCAAUUGAAAGUGAAUAUCAUUAAUGUAUUGAGUUCAGGUUUGGGUCAGAAUCUUCAAUCCGGACGCCUUGCGAUGAUCGGCAACACGCGCUUGAGAUAAUAACAAAAUUAAUUAUAAAAAUAAUAGGCGGAUGAAUAAUUGAUAUUAUUUUACGAAAUAGGAUAAUCAUUUUUACAUGUAUUCUACACAAGCGCUGUUCGCGGCAGUCGGAUUAAGAAAUCUGACCCAAACUUGAACCCAAUAUGUAUAAAUCUUGUAACUAGGAAUGUUUCCUUCUUCUUUCUCAAACCCUUCAGAUAUUCUGGCAAUUUGUCUAUACCAGUCUCCUGUAUUCUUCAUUGUAUCUGGAUACUCUUAUCCUCUCCAAUCUCCCCCAUUUUCUCUCUCUCUCUCUCUCUUUCUCUCUCUUUCUGUCUACAGUAACCAUUGUCCUUAUAUACGCCCCCCCCUUUUCACUUUGUUUAAAUAAUAAUUUUACACGGCAUUAAGAAAUUACUCACUGUUUAAUCAUAAAUAUAAAUAAUAAUGAUUUGUUCUAAGGACUGAGAGGAAUUUUAGUUAAAGAUUUAAGUCAGAGUUUUAGUUUCCUUGUCCUAAAAUUAAGUUAACAAUUUACUGCGAAUAAAAGUUGCUUAAAGGAUGGUCAUAUUGCGUGCAAUGCCGCAGUAGAAAAAACAGUCGCGCUCUGCUAUUUAACUGUCACAUAUAUUAAAUUAUAUGACUGUCUAUUAUAUUAAGAUGUUUGUAAAAUAAAUUUAUAGCUUCUCGCGAAAAUUAUGCAUUCAGAAUUCAACACUACUAAAAUUCACGCAGGAAAUAGUUGGCUUCGAUUCUUAUCGACCUCCACGAUCAGGACUGCAGGACUUUGCGAUCUUCAUUUCCGGGAGGAAGAUUUUUGCGACGGGACGAAAAAGCGUUUGCUUCGGAAUCGUGAUCCAAUCCAUUGGAAGGAAAUAUCGACGCCUCAUGGGCAGACACAGGCGAUUGUUGAACCGCAAGAAUCAGGGAAUUCCACACAAGUAGCAGUAGAAGUGCAGGAGCUUCAAGAACAAGUACCAAGUCCAAGAGAAAUCUGUGAUAAAAAUCUUCAAGGAAAUGUUAACUGUGAUAAAAAUCUUCAAGAAAGUGUUAACUGUGAUAAAAAUCUUCAAGAAGAUGUUUACUGUAGUAACCUCGACGAUUUUAAUAUUAGAAAACAGUCAAACCCUAAUUUAUAUCCUUCGGGGAAAGAAUUGUUCCUUAAAACUGCUUCGGAUGAUACCGAUUUGUCAUUUUUAAAUUACGAAUUAGAUGUACAAGCACCUAUACCUUGUGAAAAUGUGACAGUUGUUUCACUUGUAUCAGAAAAAGAUUUUCGAUGCUCCAAAGAAUGUAAAAUAUUGGUCGAUUCCUUAACAAAAAGAAUAAAUCUUUUACAGAUAAAGGUAAAGCGAUUGGAAAAGAGAGCAAAAUGUGUACAAAGUAAAUAUUCAUAUGUACGCAAGCAAUUAGAAAAACAACUAAGCCAAAAAAUUCGCAAUAUCGAUGAUUUUCUAGUAACGAAUAAACUAGCUAAAGACGUAGGUCUGACGGCGAAGACUAUAAUUAAACUACAGUUGCGUACAAAAAAGACUCAAUAUACAGACGACGAGAAAGAGUUAGCGAAGCAAAUUUAUUUUCAGUCACCAACUAACUAUACUAAAUUGCGAAAUGUGGGUUUGAUUUUACCUUCAGAAUCCAUAGUUCGAACAUGGUUCUCUCGGUAUGAUGGUUCCGGGAAUGAAUGAAAUGAUGUUUUGAAAAGUUUCUGUUUAUGCAAUUGAGUAGUUUGAUAAAAAAAAAAAGGGGGGGGGCAUGUAUGCCAAAAUCCUAUUUUAAGAAAAUUGAUUUUAAAGUUUUCAUUAUGGUAUUACUUAAUGAAAAGUAAUUGAAUCCAAUUUUUUAAAGGUGUAUUAAUAUAUUCUUAAAACGUUCUGGAAACAGAAAUAAUGAUUAAAAGAUGAUAUGCGUUUUUAUUUAUAAGCUUUAAAAAAUUGAUUUAUAUGCCCUUUUUCCAUAAAUAGUGUGAAAUUAUUUUUCUGUUUAUUUAUUUAAGUAUAAUUUUAUUUACUUAUUCAGUUACAAAUUUUUUUAUACAGAACUUACAUAAAAGAUACAAGCUUAAGACCAAAAUUAAACAAAAAAUUAAAUUUCUUAAGUAAAUAUUUUUAUACAAGUUGCAUGUGUAACUGUAGUUUACGCAUUUAUUUUCUGAUGUCACCUUAUCUAGCUCCAAUAAGUUAUAUACAGGUAUACUCAUCAUCUUUUUUUCAAAAUUGUUACACUUCCUCCCCGUUAGUUGACAUGAAUUUAUCUUUAUGAGGUUCAGCUCGGUACUUGAAUCUUCGCUACUUGAAGAACGUUUUCAAUCCGUAUUCUGCUGUCCUCAUCCAGAUAUUGGCAUAGACUUCUUGCGUCAAUCUGGUUCAAUCUGGUUAAAAGCUCUAAAUAAUUUAUGCGCUUCUUUCAUAGGGAUUUAUUUCAGAAAUCAUUGGCUCUUUUUGUCCCUGUUUACUGCAUCCUAACCGAAUGUACAUAGAUGCAUUGAUACGUUAAAUUGAUGUUACUUACGUUAAAUUUUCCCGAAUCAAUCUUUUUAAUUGAGCUUUUUACCUUAUUCGGGAUGGCAAAUCCGUUUUCCUGUACAAUUAACGCUUCUCUUAUAUAAACAGCCGAAUCAAUGGCCAAUUUCUUUACGUCACCUACUUUGAUUUUAGAUUAUUUGACGAACAGGGCUGUAAGGAUUUUGGUACGAGGAGGUAAGUCAAGCUCGAGAAGAAUUCGUCGGGAGACGGGAGAUGAAAACAGGAGAAAUUCCUUACCACCAAUCUGAAGACUAUUCGCCUCAUCGUUCCUAAAUUUCGACAUCGCAAUUCGACUUUCUAAAAACGGCAUUUCUAAGAUUCUUGCCUCAGCAAUGGAAAAUUCAUUAUUAACAAUUUGAAAGUUCACAUCGACAUAAUGAACUUUCUAAUGAUGAUUUCGUCACAAUUGCGAGCCAGCGUCAAUAAGGAAAUUGGCAGACCUUUCUUGGAAACAAUGAUGAAACAAGUUAAUCAUUUGCAAAGGAUCGACCAAUUCUGGCUUUACAUUACUCGGGAUUGAAUCCUUCAUUAAUUUUAAUGCGAGGCAAUUUAACAACAGGAGGGUCCAUUUGCGUUGUCACGAAGAUUGAUUUUUGAGGCUGCGAUACGUCAGCAGAAGAUUCGGGAUUAGCAGUAACAACCAUGGUUGGACAAGGCAAUUGGUUCUUCAUUUCGGGCAGAUCAACGAUGAAGCUCUACUUGCUUAUGUUGGCAAAAGACUUAAUUCUGAAAAUUUUGAUAUGUCAAUAUGAGAUUCGACUCGCAUGGUUUCAAAAAAUAUAUCUUCGACGUCAAAAAAUGAAAUAUUAAAUCUUAAACUACGA